CGGCGAUCAAAAUCCACCGUUUUCCUAGGGUUUCCACUUUCCAAAUUUCGAAUCAAGAAGUUUUCAACGGUUAUAGCUCAAUUUAUCGGCGGAGAAAGUAUUCUGGUACCGAAGAUGGCCUCGAAGCUUCUACAAUCCUUUUUCCGAGGUAGAGUCGCCAAACCCUCCAUGUUCCUGCGCCCUCUCUCAAGCGCUGCGGCGGCGGCGGCGGAAGCGACAGUGGAGCCCUACGAAGAAGAGACCAGCGGGAUCACCGUGAAAGGAGUGAAGAUCGCUGGAAGACCUCUCUACCUGGAUAUGCAGGCGACAUCACCGGUGGACCCUCGUGUGCUUGACGCUAUGCUCCCUUAUUACAUUUCUUGCUACGGAAACCCUCACUCCCGGACUCACCUCUACGGCUGGGAAUCGGACGACGCAGUAGAGACGGCCCGCGGACAAGUCGCGGCCCUAAUUAACGCUUCUCCUAAGGAGAUCAUCUUCACGUCCGGCGCCACCGAAUCCAAUAACAUCUCUGUCAAAGGCGUUAUGCAUUUUUACAGGGAGAAGAAGAGACACGUCAUUACCACGCAGACUGAGCACAAGUGCGUCCUUGACUCCUGCCGUUUCCUGCAGCAAGAGGGCUUCGACGUCACAUACCUCCCGGUCAGACCCUAUGGGCUUAUUGACCUAGAAAAGCUCCGUGCAGCUAUUCGGCCGGAUACAGGUCUGGUUUCUGUCAUGAUGGUGAACAAUGAGAUUGGGGUUAUCCAGCCCAUGGAAGAAAUAGGAAAAAUAUGCAAGGAAUUCAAUGUUCCUUUCCACACAGAUGCAGCACAAGCAUUGGGGAAGAUCCCAAUCGAUGUGGAUAAGAUGAACAUAAGCUUGAUGUCCCUUAGCGGGCACAAAAUAUAUGGGCCUAAAGGUGUUGGAGCCCUAUACAUGAGACGUAGACCGAGGAUUCGGGUUGAG